CAGAGUCUCUGUUGCCAGGAAAACAGAGCGGCGCGCUUUCCGGCGCAGUCGCGGCGCGUCGCAGCUGUCAUGGCGGAGACCGUCUGGAGCACUGACACCGGGGAGGCAGUGUACCGCUCCCGGGACCCCGUGCGCAACUUGCGCCUCCGGGUUCACCUGCAAAGAAUCACAUCAAGCAACUUUCUUCAUUAUCAGCCUGCUGCCGAGCUCUGGAAGGACCUCAUAGACUUGGCCACUUUUAGGCCUCAGCCAACUGCCAGUGGACACCGCCCAGAGGAAGACGAAAAGGAGGAGAUUGUGAUUGGGUGGCAGGAGAAGCUCUUUAGCCAGUUUGAAGUAGAUCUGUACCAAAAUGAAGCAGCCUGUCAGAGUCCUUUGGAUUAUCAGUACCGUCAGGAGAUCCUGAAGCUGGAGAAUUCAGGUGGCAAGAAGAACCGACGAAUCUUUACCUACACUGACUCUGAUAGAUACACCAAUUUGGAGGAGCACUGUCAGAGAAUGACCACUGCAGCCAGCGAGGUGCCUUCAUUCUUGGUUGAGCGAAUGGCAAACGUCAGGCGGCGCCGGCAGGACAGACGAGGGAUGGAGGGCGGCAUCCUCAAGUCACGCCUUGUCACCUGGGAGCCCUCAGAAGAGUUCGUCAGGAACAACCACGUCAUUAACACCCCUCUUCAGACAAUGCACAUCAUGGCAGACCUGGGGCCCUAUAAAAAGCUUGGCUAUAAGAAGUAUGAACAUGUCCUGUGUACUCUGAAGGUGGAUAGCAAUGGUGUGAUCACAGUAAAGCCUGACUUCACGGGCCUCAAAGGACCCUACAGGAUCGAGACGGAGGGAGAGAAGCAGGAGCUGUGGAAAUAUACGAUCGACAAUGUUUCCCCACUCGCACAGCCAGAGGAGGAGGAGCGGGAACGGCGUGUGUUCAAGGAUCUUUAUGGCCGGCACAAGGAGUAUCUCAGCAGUCUCGUAGGCACUGACUUUGAGAUGACUGUCCCAGGUGCCCUCCGGCUCUUUGUAAAUGGAGAGGUAGUUUCAGCCCAAGGCUAUGAGUAUGACAAUCUCUACGUCCACUUCUUUGUGGAAUUGCCAACUACUCACUGGUCAAGCCCAGCAUUCCAGCAGCUCUCAGGAGUAACACAGACAUGCACCACCAAGUCCCUGGGAGUGGACAAGGUGGCUCACUUCUCCUACCCAUUCACGUUUGAAGCCUUCUUCCUCCAUGAGGAUGAAUCUUCUGAUGCACUCCCGGAGUGGCCUGUGCUCUACUGUGAGGUCCUCUCGCUGGACUUCUGGCAGAGGUACCGUGUGGAAGGCUAUGGGGCUGUGGUGCUGCCUGCCACUCCAGGCUCACACACCCUGACAGUCUCCACAUGGAGACCUGUGGAGCUUGGCAUGGUGGCUGAGCUCAGGAGGUUUUUCAUUGGCGGUUCUCUGGAACUGGAGGACCUCUCCUAUGUGCGGAUACCAGGAUCCUUCAAGGGGGAACGCCUGAGCCGCUUUGGACUCCGCACAGAGACCACAGGCACCGUCACCUUCCGCUUGCACUGUCUGCAGCAGUCCAGGGCCUUCAUGGAAUCGAGCUCCCUUCGGAAAAGGAUGCGGAGUGUGUUGGACCGUCUGGAAGGGUUUAGCCAGCAGAGUUCCAUUCACAAUGUGCUGGAGGCCUUCCGUCGAGCCCGGCGCCGCAUGCAGGAGGCCCGGGAAAGCCUCCCGCAGGACCUAGUGAGCCCCUCUGGAACCCUGGUCUCCUAGCUCACAGCAGCCCUGGGCCACAGUGCAAGAGGACAAGAUGGGGGAUGUUUGAGGCCAGUGCUCUCCUGCCUCUUCGUCUGUCUGAUUAGAGACCACGCUGGUCUGCUGAGAACCGGAAGAGCUGGGAAAUUCCCAGCUGGCCCCUCUGCCUAGCCUUCUGCAGGGUCUUCUCCCUACCCUGGGGAAAUAAAGCCAGAGACCCUGUGGCCCCCCCUUCAUGUUUGCAGUCACUGUAAAUGGGCAUCACAGCAAGGCAGGCUUUUUGGUCUGAAGCUGUUUGGGGUGACCCCAUAGUGAGUGUGGCCUUAACUCACUUUUCUGGCUUGUCUCACAGUAGCAGGGGGAUGCAGGGAUCUGCUGUUCUCCAGCCUUUAAAAAUGGAGCCUUCCUUCUUGCAAGACCAAAGAAGGAAGGAAGGUGGACGGUGAGAGGGGUCUUAAAUCCCCAGCCUGUGAGUCUCAGCCUCCUCUUUCCAGGGCAGCCUCAUUCUACUCCUUGGGGCUUGCUGAGGUUGAGAUAUGAGUUAUUUCUGAGUAGGUGAAGGUUGAAGGCAGUGCCGAGUCCUUUCUGCUAGCUGGUUGGUAUCUUUUACUGUGUUCUUUUUGUUUUUUGGGCUUUUUUCCAUAAACCCCUUUUAUUUUGACUGAU